GACAGCUUGCUGUUGGAUUGAUAGAGUGACGUCAGCGCGCCGUUACCUCUCUCUGAGGGCAGGAUUAGUUGGGAGCAGCAGAGACGACGCUCCGGUAAUCUCCCGGUAAUAAAUGGUGGGAGACGCUCACGUUUGGAAGUGCAGCGACUGUCCGACGCCGGAGGAACUCCUGAUAUGAUCCGUGCAUUUGAGGCAUGAUGGGCCUCUUCUUGCCGCUGCAGCAAACCGACGCGCCCCUGCUAGGUACAUGCAGCAGCAGCAGCAGCAGCUGUCUCACCUGCACAGCGGAGGAGGACGGCGGUGGAGCUCCUCCUCAGCGGACACUUCUUUGCUGAGCGUCAGUUUCACUUGGAGCAUGGAGGAGACGCCGGCGCGGUAACUUCUACCACCAGAGGAGACCUCUCUCCACGAUGAGCCGUUAAACCCCCGCUGCUGCUGCUGCCUGUGAAUCCUCCGGAGAGUGGAGUGACCAUCUCCCAACAGACGCAGAGAGAGGCCUUUGUCAUUCGUGUGUUUCGGUCUUCAAAUGGACCGAGUGCCCUCGGCACUGGCCGCUAAGAUGCGCUGGAUCACGCUGGUGUUUGCCGGCUUGACUUUCUGGGGCAAAGUGACUAUUUGUAACUGUUUCGACUACGAGGAGCCAGACUACGACUAUUAUGAAGAGGAGAGAGCGGAGACCAUUGACUACAAAGACCCGUGCAAAGCCGCUGCCUUCUGGGGUGACAUCGCUUUGGACGAGGAGGACCUGCGGAUGUUCCAGAUUGACAGGACGAUAGACCUCACACAGCACACACACAUGCACACACACUCCCGGCAGGGGCACACAUCUGGUGGCCUGGAAGACCAUGAAAUUGCAAAGAAGAAAGGGUCGUUAUACCUGCUGCUGGAAAGAAUACGGAGAUUUGGUUUCGACUAUCUCCCGAAAAAUAUAAGCAAGGGAGCUGCUAGUCCCAAGAGCCAAACUGGGAAAGCCGGAAGGACUGGGAACGUCGCAAAGAGCCGUAUUCCUCGAGCAGCCACGUCCCGAGCUGAGAGGAUAUGGCCUGGAGGAGUCAUUCCCUACGUCAUAGGAGGAAACUUCACUGGGAGUCAGAGGGCCAUGUUUAAACAGGCCAUGCGGCACUGGGAGAAACAGACGUGCGUGACUUUCAUUGAGAAGACAGAUGAGGAAAGCUACAUCGUGUUCACCUACAGGCCCUGUGGGUGUUGUUCCUAUGUGGGUCGUCGAGGCAACGGGCCCCAGGCAAUCUCCAUCGGCAAGAACUGUGACAAGUUUGGCAUCGUGGUGCACGAACUGGGCCACGUCAUUGGCUUUUGGCAUGAGCACACGCGGCCCGACCGGGACGAUCACGUGACCAUCAUCCGGGAUAAUAUCCAACCAGGGCAAGAGUAUAACUUCCUCAAGAUGGAGCCAGGGGAGGUCAACUCUCUUGGGGAACCAUAUGAUUUUGAUAGCAUCAUGCACUACGCGAGGAACACCUUCUCACGGGGCAUGUUCCUCGACACCAUCCUUCCAUCCAGAGAUGAUAAUGGGGUCCGGCCUGCUAUUGGUCAGCGGACCAGGCUCAGCAAAGGAGACAUUGCCCAGGCAAGGAAGCUGUAUAGAUGUCCAGCAUGUGGAGAGACGCUCCAAGAGUCAACAGGCAACUUCUCAUCUCCCGGUUACCCCAACGGAUACCCUUCAUACACACACUGUGUCUGGAGAAUAUCUGUUACACCUGGAGAAAAGAUUGUUCUCAACUUCACCACAAUGGAUCUGUACAAGAGCAGUCUGUGCUGGUAUGACUACAUUGAGGUCCGAGAUGGAUACUGGAGGAAAGCGCCGCUGCUCGGCAGGUAUUGUGGAGAUAAAGUUCCUGACGUCUUGAUUUCCACUGACAGCAGAAUGUGGAUUGAGUUCCGCAGCAGCAGCAACUGGGUGGGAAAGGGCUUUGCUGCCAUUUAUGAAGCGAUCUGUGGUGGGGAAAUCACCAAGGACUCGGGACAGAUUCAGUCUCCCAACUACCCUGACGACUACAGACCGUCCAAAGAGUGUGUGUGGAGGAUCACUGUGUCCGAGGGCUACAACGUUGGGCUCAGCUUCCAGGCCUUUGAGGUCGAGAGGCACGACAGCUGUGCAUACGACUACCUGGAGGUUCGAGAUGGACCUCUGGAAACAAGCCCCCUGAUUGGUCGCUUCUGUGGCUACGACAAACCAGAGGAUAUGCGCUCUACGUCGCACACACUCUGGCUGAAGUUUGUCUCCGAUGGGACGGUAAACAAGGCUGGCUUUGCUGCAGACUUCUUCAAAGAGGAGGACGAGUGUGCCAAACCAGACAAUGGUGGAUGUGAACAGAGGUGUGUAAACACUCUUGGCAGCUUCAAGUGUGCCUGUGACCCGGGCUAUGAACUGGCUUCUGACAAGAAGAGCUGUGAAGCGGCGUGUGGAGGUCUUCUCUCUAAGCUGAACGGGACCAUCAGCACUCCUGGUUGGCCUAAGGAGUAUCCACCAAACAAGAACUGCGUGUGGCAGGUGGUCGCUCCCACUCAGUAUCGCAUCUCGAUGCAGUUUGAAACCUUUGAGCUGGAGGGCAAUGAGGUGUGUAAAUACGACUAUGUGGAGGUGAGGAGCGGCCUUUCGUCCGACUCUAAGCUGCACGGUAAAUACUGUGGCACCGAAGUCCCUGAAGUCAUCACAUCGCAGUACAACAACAUGAGGAUUGAGUUCAAGUCUGACAACACUGUCUCCAAGAAAGGCUUUAAGGCUCACUUCUUCUCAGACAAAGAUGAAUGCAGCAAGGACAACGGCGGUUGCCAGCACGAGUGCAUCAACACAGUGGGCUCUUAUGUUUGUCAGUGUCGCCAUGGCUUUGUGCUGCAUGAGAACAAACAUGACUGUAAGGAAGCUGAGUGUGAGCAUAAGAUCCACAGCCCCAGCGGAAUCCUGAGCAGCCCUAACUGGCCGGACAAGUAUCCCAGCCGUAAGGAGUGCACCUGGGACAUCACAGCCACCCCGGGGCACCGAGUCAAGAUUUCUUUCAGUGAGUUUGAGAUCGAGCAGCAUCAGGAGUGUGCCUAUGACCAUCUGGAGGCCUUUGACGGGGACAGUGACACGGCUGCCAUUUUGGGUCGACUGUGUGGCAGUAAAACCCCAGAGCCGCUGGUCUCCACUGGAAACAAGAUGUAUCUCAGGUUUAUCUCUGAUGCCUCCGUACAAAGGAAGGGCUUCCAGGCAACACACUCCACAGAGUGCGGGGGUCGUCUGAAAGCAGAUGCUCGCCAGAAGAACCUCUUCUCUCACUCACAGUUUGGGGACAACAAUUACCCAGGUCACACUGACUGUGAGUGGCUCCUCACGACAGAGCAGGGUUAUGGAAUUGAGCUGAGCUUCAUCACGUUCGAGGUAGAGGAGGAAGCUGACUGCGGUUAUGACUACAUUGAGCUGUACAACGGGUAUGAUGCCAACUCACAUCGGCUGGGCCGCUUCUGUGGAUCAGGGCCCAGAGAGGGGAUUUACUCACCCGGAGACGCCAUGUUGAUCCGUUUCCAUAGUGACGACACAAUCAGCAAGAAGGGCUUCCACAUCCGUUACACGAGCACCAAGUUCCAGGACAGCCUUCACACCAGGAAAUGACCUCUCACACACAGAGUCCUUGACCUCUGAUCGCUAUGUAGCCCCGCCACUGUUAACUCCAACCUUCGCCAUGGCAACGGAAAAAAAAAGUACAGCCUGUCCCCUCUACUCUGGCCUGUGGACACAUGUGGACGUUUGUGGACAUUCGCCAGCCACAGAAGGAAAACAAUCUUGAACAUUUGUGCCUGUACGUGGCUCCACGCAGGUCAUCGCGCUCUGGGAGGAGAAAAGCGAUGAAAGUGACUUUUUGCAAAUGUGCUGACGAUUGAGCCGUUUUCAUGGUGGAGGUGGUCGAUUCAUUACUGCACAUGAAACUACUGUACUUUUGUUCGGUGUGGAAAGACGGUCACAGAAGACCUGGAUCGGUUGACUGAGACACUCGUGGUUGCACGACAAAAGACAGCAAAAACACUUCAUAUUCAGAAUAUAACAUAAACGAUAUGGGAUGCUUAAAGAACUGACGAGCAACAAGAAAACUGGGUCUUUUCUGGCUCCUUAAUCCUUGAACUGUGCAACCUACUGUGAUCACAUGGCUGCUCAUCAUCCACAGUAACUGAGAAGGAAAAACUAUACAGACAUUUUUAUUGCCUUUCACUCCUGGGGACUGGUCUCUUCAACCCAGCUCAGAGUGGCUGCAGAUGAGUUUAUGCCAUGUCUUAUUGUAAAAAGCCCACUGUGUUUACUGUGUGUGUGUGAGUGUGUGUGUGCGUGUGCGUGUGUACAAAGAAAAGUUCCUCCAUUUGCUCAGAGCUUAUGCAGACUGAGGAAUGGGGGAACAAAAUAAAACACUAUAUAAAUGUACAAAUGACCUGUGAUGUUGAUGUUAAGCCUUGCAUAUUUUCUUUUUCAUGGAUGUUUCCAGUUUCCUCUUAAACCCUAUUAAUCAUAAGGAUUUUUUUUUUUUUCAGUGGAUAUCAGAAGGGAAUAUUUUUCACU